UUCAUAUUAAGUACUAUUAACUGCCACAAGUUUCAUUGUCUCCAGUUAUACAUUGUAAUCAAAAUGAAAGCUCUCCAAAUCCUCAUGCUGAUGGCUGCAAUGAUAGCUUUGGCAUCAUCAGCAGCGGCUGGUGAAGACUUCGGAGACAUCGAGAACAUAGAUUUUGAAAAGGUAAUGAACAAUGAAGCCUCCUGGAGGACCAUCUACGAGUGUCUUAUGGAUAAAGCUCCUUGUGGUGAUUUUCAGAAGUUGAGAGCUACAUUCCCGCAAAUAGUGGAAACAAAAUGCGAGCAGUGCACGCCUAAACAAAAGGAGAAGUUGGAACAAAUCGUUCAAAUUGCCGCCGUGAAGUAUCCCAAGGAGUUUCAAGAAAUCACUGACAGAUACAAACCCAAAAGCGUUUCUACGAAACCGUCUGAUCACUUUGAGCUUCGUAAUAAAAUUGUAAGUAUAGGAGCUGGUGGCUUUGAGUGAAAUGAGGGAAGGCUGGUAUAACGCUGAUUUAUUGAGAAUAAUAUGAGUAUACAUAUUGUACGCAUACAUCUACACUACACCUUCCUUGGAGGGAAAAAAAUAAAAUAAACAUGGUUGUCUUAUUUUAUUUCUACUCUCCGAUAUUUUCCUCUUAACUAAACGUAUAAACCUAUAAGAAUAUUAAAAUAGUAAAAAUAUAAACCUAUUUGAAAUUACAUAGUUAUCAUAAGAUUGUACAUAGUAAAAUAUAAGAAAUGGCUCAUUAUUACACAAUGACU